UUUUCUAUUUGCAAUCUUCUGAGGUAAAUAUAAACAAAAUUCCACAGGCUAAUAAUAAAUUUGAAAAUAAAAUAACAAUAAUGAAUGAACCAAACAUUCAAGCCUUGAAGUAGCAAGAGAAAAUGCAUGAAUAAAACAUUAAUUAUUUGUCAGUUUGCUGGAAGUUUCCCGGAAGAGUUAGUGCUGCAAGGGGUUCUGGGUAUUUGUUCUAUUGUGUUACGGUGCAGAUGUUCACCCGAAAUGUGUUUGUCAUUCUUGUUUGGUGUGGGUUCACAGUGUGGCGCAUAUUUGUAACAGUGCUAAAGUUGUUUAUACGGCCACCCUCAGUGUGACCUGUAUGGCUGUUGACCAAGUAUGCCUUGCAUUCACGUGUGUGUGUGUGUAAAAGCCACAAAUAAUAUGUGACACGCUGUUAGUAUGGAGGAAAAGCGGACGUGACGACAGGUUGUAGAGGACGCUAAAGGCAGUGCCUUAAAUGCACACCCCCAAUAUAGUUGUCCAGGUGGAAAUCGGUAGAAAUUCAGGAGAAUGGUUGCCCCGGGAGAUUUUCGGGAGGGGCACUGAACUUCGGGAGUCUACCGGGAAAAUUAGGAGUGUUGGCAAGUAUGAGUAUUAGCGGUGAAUGCGGUGUUACAGCUCUAAUGCUAAAUUGAUAUUGCCUCAAGGGCCAAAUUAAAUUACACGGCGGGCCAGAGUUUGACACCCAUGUUCUAUUCCUUCACUCUCACUUUCCUCAUCCAUGAAUCUUUCAUCCUCGCUCAAAUUAAUGGGGAAAUUGUCGCUUUCUCGGUCCAAAUUGCUAUAGCUGCUGCUGGCUAGGAUUGUAAACAAUGUUCAGAUGUGAGGAGCCCUACAACCCUAUGACGUCAUGCGCACAUCGUCUGCUACUUCCGGUACAGGCAAGGCUUUUUUUAUUAGCGACCAAAUGUUGCUAACUUUAUCGUCGAUGUUCUCUACUAAAUCCUUUCAGGAAAAAUAUGACAAUAUUGCGAAAUGAUCAAGUAUGACACAUAGAAUAGACCUGCUAUCCCCGUUUAAAUAAGAACAUCUCAUUUCAGGAGGCCUUUAAAGAUGUAUUUUAUUCCAUUGGUUUUGUCCCAUUCGAGCCCCCAUACAGUUGCAUCCCUCCUCUCCUGCAGGGCCCAUCCCCUUUAACGUGACACCCGUCUCGUCCUCCCCUUUAAAGCCCUAACUUCUGCAGCUUUUCUGUCAAAUUCCCCUUCUCGCCAAUGAUGUCCCCGCAGCAGAUCUAGUGUCCACCGGCCAUUUAUUAUCUAUGCUCUUCUCCUCCCUCCGAGUGGCGUGGAAACCAUGAGCGGAAUGCACGGCCUCGCCUUGCUGCUGCUGCUGCUGCUGUGCCGCUGCACGCCUUCCCGGGGAUACUUCGCCGAGGAGCGCUGGAGCCCCGAGUCCCCGCUGCUCGCUCCCCGGGUCCUGCUCGCCCUCAUCUGCCGCAACUCGGAGCACUCCCUGCCCUACGUGCUCGGCACCGUGGAGCGUCUGGACUACCCCAAAGAGCGCAUGGCUGUGUGGGUCGCCACCGACCAUAACGAGGACAACACGACGACCAUCUUGCGCGACUGGCUCGUCAAGGUGCAGAAUCUCUACCAUUAUGUGGAGUGGAGACCCAAGGAGGAGCCCAGUCAUUACGCCGAUGAAGAGGGUCCCAAGCAUUGGAUCGAGCCGCGCUACGAGCACGUUAUGAAGCUCCGGCAAGUUGCGCUGGAGUCGGCCCGUGAGAUGUGGGCCGACUACUUCAUGGUGAUGGACUGCGAUAACCUGCUAACCAACCCCAAUGUCCUGUGGAACCUCAUCAGCGAGAAUAAGACGAUCAUCGCUCCCAUGCUGGACUCGCGUGCGGCUUAUUCCAACUUCUGGUGCGGGAUGACCAGCCAGGGCUACUACAAACGCACCCCGGCCUACAUGCCGGUGAGGAAGCGCGUGCGUAAAGGUUGUUUUGCAGUUCCCAUGGUGCACUCCACCUUCCUCAUAGACCUCAGGAAAGAGGCAUCCAGGCAGCUGGCCUUCCACCCGCCUCACCCAGAAUACACCUGGGCUUUCGACGACAUCAUUGUGUUCGCCUACUCGGCUCGAAGGGCAGACGUGCAGAUGUUCGUGUGCAACAAGGAGACGUACGGCUAUCUCACCGUGCCGCUGCGCUCCCACAAUACUUUGCAGGACGAGGCCGAGGGCUUUUUGCACACCGUGCUGGAGGUUGACGUGCGCCAUCCUCCAGUGUUGCCGUCCCAGUUCAUCCCUGCUCCCGCCAGACAUCCGGACAAAAUGGGUUUUGAUGAGGUGUUCAUGAUCAACCUGAAGCGGCGCAGCGACCGCAGAGAGCGGAUGAUGAGAGCGCUUCACGAGCACGAGAUCGCCUGCAAGAUCACGGAGGCUGUCGACGGAAAGGCUUUAAACAUGAGCGACGUCCACACCAUGGGCAUCACCAUGCUGCCCGGCUACAGCGACCCUUACCACGGCCGCCCGCUCACCAAAGGAGAACUGGGAUGCUUCCUUUCCCACUUUAACAUCUGGAAAGAGGUGGUGGAGCGAGGCCUGCCCACCUCGCUGGUGAUCGAAGACGACCUGCGCUUCGAGAUCUUCUUCAAGCGGCGCCUCAUGAACCUGAUGAGCGAGAUCGAGGACGAAGGACUGGACUGGGACCUGAUCUACAUCGGUCGCAAACGGAUGCAGGUGGAUCACUCCGAGAAGGCGGUGCCCAACAUUCACAAUUUAGUGGAAGCGGAUUAUUCCUACUGGACUCUGGGUUACAUGAUCUCCUUGCAAGGAGCGCAGAAGCUUUUAAGGGCGGAGCCUUUAAAGAGAGUUCUGCCCGUGGACGAGUUCCUGCCAAUCAUGUACAACAAACACCCGGUGUCCGAUUACAUGAAGCACUUUGAAAGCCGAGACCUCAAGGCUUUCUCGGCGGAACCCCUCCUGGUGUACCCCACCCACUACACGGGCGACUCGGGCUACAUCAGCGACACGGAGACGUCCACCGUGUGGGACAACGACAAGAUCCGCACAGACUGGGACCGGGCGCGCUCGGGGAAAACCCAGGAGCAGGCCGAGCUCAGCACCGAGGCCCAGAACUCCGACGUGCUCCAGUCGCCUUUGGACAGCACGGCGCGGGAAGAGCUAUGAGACCCCACCCCCCCAAAAAAAAGUACCCUUUGCUUAUUUUUUUUAAUUUUUUUUUUAAAUAUCGUAAUGUUGCUACGGCGUCACAGAUCGAGGGAUGUAAACAAAACAUGUUAGUGUUUGAUGAAAAAGGCACUAGACUUGCCACACAGGAUGGCAUUUGCAGUACCCAACUUGUGUCUGUCAUACAGAAGCUCAUUCUUUUUUUUUGCACAUCCUGUUGUGACAUCACACUGUGAAUCAGGCUCGGAAUGCACGCCACGCUGCAAAAUGUACUUCAAUGUAGUAAAUGAUGACGUUCAAACCUU